UGUGACUCGGGCACCGCGAAGUCUGGUUCCUUCUUCGGCAGGAACAGGACGGACUUCCGGUGCGUUUUGUGACUCGGUGGAACUGUCACACAUUCGUGACUUCCAUAAGGUUCAACUGAAUCCCACCGUUUCGUCCUGUCACGUGAAGAAUUCGAGCCGGGAUAUAUUUUAGUUGGACGAUUCGGAAUUUGACGCUGUUUGUGCUUGUGGCAUGGUUCUGACCGCUCAUUGUGGGCCUUGGAUGUGGCAUUUAUCUCACAGGAUGUAAAGAAGAUGCGGUGGCAUGCUGAGGCUGCUGAGUAUGAGGCUCCUGACCCGCGUCUGGCUGUUCGCUGGGUCCCUCAGUCUCAUUUCUCUUCUGAUUCUCGGUCGAUGUGGCAUACAAGAAUCUUCUUCCGUAUCCGGAAAAGGCGAGCCCGUGUCAAACACGGCGGCGUACAUAUCCUUGUUGGAGCAGCGAGAGGAGGAGAACCGGGCGGAGGUGGCGCGGCUGACGGAGGAGAUCCGGGGCCUGAAGCUGCAGCUGCUUCAAUUCCAGGCUCAAGAUCACCUGGAUUCCCCGGUGAACGGGAGCGACUGCAGUUCCUACAUCCGCCACCAGGUGGAGACAGCGGAGGUGUCACAGGGAGUGUCGCUGAACAACGAGUACGAGCUGGUCGCCUUCACUCACUUCACCUUGAGCCGAGUGUACCCCACAGACCUCGGCCUGGGGAAACGAGUCGUGGAGAAACCCAUCAGCUUCAAGCGGAAAGACCUCCUUGAGGCCGUCACAUCGGCCUUAGAGGUUCUUAACAGAAACGCCACCUUACACGGGAAACCCAAGUACACUGCGGAGGACUUCCUAGAAGGCGUGUACAGGUCGGUCCCUACGACGGGGACCGAGUACGAGAUGUAUUUCAGGGUGAGGCAAGGGAAGAGUCAGGGAUACACGAAGAUGGCCGUGAUGAGGCCGUUUGCUCCACUGGUUACUCUGAACAGCAGCCCUUUACCUCAAUCGAAGGAUAAGGAACUGAUCCAUGUCAUACUUCCCUUAUCGGGGAGAAUAUCGACCUUUCAAGGGUUCAUGGACAAGUUCGUGAAGAUAGCUUUGAAGAAUGAUCGCCACGUGUUGCUGAGCGUAGUGUACUUCGGGGAGGAAGGACUCACGGAGGCGAGACUGAUCAUGUCGAAGGUGGCGGGUAAGAACGGUCACGCGAGCAGUCUGAGGUUGCUGGCCCUCAAUGAGACCUUCUCGAGGGCGAAGGGAUUACGAGUGGGGGCGGAGAGGCCGUGGGACCAACCGGGAGUCCUCAGAGACCAACAGGACGUUCUGCUGUUCCUGUGUGACGUGGAUGUCGUGUUCAGUGCUCGGUUCUUGGACCGGUGUCGCUGGAACUCUCGGCCAGGCUCGAGGGUGUACUACCCCGUAGUCUUCAGCCUGUACAACCCUCACGUGGUGUAUACUCUACAAGGGAAAAAGGUGCCCUCGGAAACUGACCAGCUCGUCAUCUCCAGAGACACCGGCUUCUGGAGGGAUUUCGGCUUCGGCAUGACUUGCCAGUACAAAUCGGAUUUCCUCAGAGUGCGCGGGUUCGAGGAGGAGAUGGUUGGCUGGGGGAUGGAGGACGUCCUGCUCUACCGGAAGUACAUUCGAAGUCGUAUCAAAGUCGUCCGUGCUACAGAUCCUGGAAUUUUUCACAUCUGGCACCCCAAGGUAUGUACCGGAGAGCAACAGUCGUCCGACCAAUACCGAGCCUGCAUUCGUUCUAGAGCCCUCAACGAGGCUUCUCACGCUCAACUAGGAUUUCUGGCCUUCAGAGACGAAAAGGGCGCUAACCUUCCCGCGCAAACAAACAACAAACCUGCCAAGAGAAAACGGCCUACUGCAGCGCACAAUAAAACUACCAAUGCCAAAUCUCAGACAGCACAGACUAAAACUAUCAAAGACAGUCGUAAAAAGACAAAGCAGAGCGAUGUAACCUCGAACAAGUUUAAAUCAGAAAAGGUAAUAAGAAAACAACAGUCGAUCAGUGAAAACAACCGUGUAGUUCAGACGCCUUUGAAAGAAGAAACAUGAUUAGAUCUUCGACGGUAGACCCGUUCGUGAUAAUUCAAUCUAGUCAACGUACAUCUCAUAUUUUGUUACUGUCGUGUACAUAUAUUUUAGUAUAAGACUUAUAAUUUAUUACUGUAAAUAAUAAUUCAAGAAUUUGUUUUGAUUACAGUAAAAUAAUUAGGAUUAAAAUAAGUAAAUUUUGAAAAUCUUAUUUUAUAAUAAUUGUUUAUGAAAUAAAAAUAAACAAGAUCCCAGCAUAAUACACAAACAUCAUUAUAAACAGUAUUUAUUUAUAACCUAUCAAUCAUUUACAAAGAUAAGUAAUAAAUGAAAACCUUUAUAAGCUGAAAUUGCUGUAGAAGCUAAAACAAAAAUUUUGAGUAGUUUAAAGAACUUCAAAGUCAAUGAAAAUAUUUAUAUAUUAAAGAAAAGAGGUACACUUAACCCGCCAAAGAAGUUUUCCAAAGUUCCACAAAAGAAAUCCACGCGAAUCGCUGUUGUUAAUGAAGUCACCAAAAACUUUUACAGUACACAUUUUUGACUUAAGUUUACAAUAGCUAUUUUAAAUAAAGCAAAUUGACAUUUAUAUAAUUUUGAAUAAAUGUAUUUAAACAUUAAUAAGAUGUAAUGAUUGUAUCAACUGUAAUAUAUUAUAUAAAAUUCCUGAAAAUGUAAAUGAUAACUUAUUAUAUAGAUCUGUUUUACAGUGUCGUUAAAAUGUAUUCCUUUUUACUUGUUUUGUGCAAAAUUUUAUUCCACUGCUGUUACUGUUCCUGAAAAAUUUUAAUAAAGCUGAAAUUAUUUUAUAAACAG